AAUAAGGUGCCAUUCGAUGUUCGAUAUCGGAUGCAACAGAGUUUGAAGGAAAUUGAAGAAAGUAAGAAGCAAGCAAAAAAUGUAUGGGAAGAGAAUCCAUUUGGACAUUGUGAUGAAGAUGCACCAGACUUGCAAGAGAUUCCAAAUCCUUCUACGGCUCCACAAUCUCAAGUUAAAGGGAAAGGGUUAGAAAUUUCAGCAAAUAAAAAAAGGAAGGCAAGUGGGAUAGAAAAUUAUUUUGCCCCAAGAGCCACUCCUGGAGCUCAACCAUCAAUUAGAAGUGUCUUGGCAGGUAAAGAUGCCCUCCAUAAUGCUGAUUUGGCCAUUGCUAGGUUUUUUUUUGAUAGUUGUCUGCCCAUAAAUGCUCUCAAUUCCCCUUACUUUCAACCUAUGCUUGAUGCUAUUGCUGCAAUUGGUCCUGGUUAUAAGGCACCAAGCUAUCAUGCCAUGAGAAGCAAUUUAUUGCAUAAUUUAAAACAAGAGGUCCAACUGUUGGUUAAUUCUUAUAGGAAUAUUUGGGCAGAAACUGGUUGUACUAUUAUGCGUGAUGGUUGGCAAGAUCAAAAAAAUAGGCAAUUAAUUAAUUUUCUUGUCUAUUGUCCUAGAGGAAUUACUUUUGUGAAAUCUGUUGAUGCCUCUGAUGUGGUUAAAGAUGCUUCCAUGCUUUGCAAUUUGUUCAGGGAAUUGGUUGAAUUUGUGGGUUCUGAUAAUGUUGUGCAUUUAGUGACUGAUAAUGCAGCAAAUUAUAAAAAGGCUGGGAGAUUAUUAAAUGACAUUUAUCCUACAAUCUUUUGGUCUCCUUGUGCUGCACAUUGUUUGAAUUUAAUUUUGAGUGAUAUUGGGAAGUUGGAAGUUGUUAGUAAUCUUGCAAGUCGUGCAUCUUUGGUAUCCAAAUUUAUAUACAAUCAUCCUUUCUUGUUAGCUUGGCUUCGGAAAAGGGAAGGAUGGACAGAAACUAUACGUCCUGGGCCAACACGUUUUGCUACAACAUUCAUUGCAUUGAAAAGCAUUCAUGAGCAUAGGCAUGAUUUACAAGCAUUGGUGACUAGUCUAGAAUUUAAAGAAUCUAGAUACUACAAAGAUCAUAAGGCAAAUGAUGUUGUGGCUGUUGUUUUAGAUAAAAAAUUUUGGAAUAAUUGUGAGCUUGUUGUGAAAAUUGUGGGGCCACUUAUUCAGUUGCUUAGAAUUGUGGAUGGUGACGAGAGACCUUCACUUGGAUAUGUCUAUGAUGGCAUGUAUAGAGCUAGAAAGGCCAUCAAGACUAUACUAAUGAAUAGGAAGUCUCUGUAUAAGCCUUAUACAAGAAUUAUAAAGGGAAGGUGGGAUAGGCAACUUCGUCAAAAUCUUCAUGCUGCUGCCUAUUACUUAAAUCCUGCUUUUUUCUAUGAUAAAGAGAGUUUCUCAACCAAAAAAGAGGUCAUGAAAGGCUUUAUGGAUGUUGUGGAUGCAAAAGUGCCAUCUCGGAGGUCUAAAUUUUUGAAUGAGUGUGAGUUGUAUGACAAGAAAAUGGAAAGUUUUGGUCGUGAAAGUGCUCUUGAAUCCUCAAAAACUAUGACACCCGAUGAGUGGUGGAAAUAUUUUGGAUAUAGUGCUCCAAAUCUUAAAAAAUUAGCAAUACAACUCUUGAGUCAAACAUCAUCUUCUUCAGGGUGUGAAAGAAAUUGGAGUGUAUUUGAAAGAAUACACACCAAGAAGAGGAAUAGAUUGGAGCAUCAAAGGUUGAAUGAUCUUGUCUAUGUCCAUUAUAAUUUGCGUUUGAAGCAUAAGUACUUUAUCCAAUCUACAUAAUACUUAUACUAUAUUAAUAAAGUUUCAUUUUUUAU